AUGAAACUUGUUCGAAUCGCAGCAUACAUCUUUAGAUUUUUCAACAAAUUAAAACAAAGAAUCAAGCCUGAUCAGGAGCUACAAUCUGCUAACAAUAAAACUCUUGUCAUAACUCCUGAUGAAACGGACCACGCCAUCAAGAUUUUGUUGAAAAUAGUUCAAAGACUGCAUUUUCCUAAGGAAUUGGACUCGCUUUCCAGACAACAAAAUCUUAACAAAAAUAGCCCAAUCGUACGAUUAAAUCCGUUUAUCGAUGCAGCAGGAAUUCUGAGAGUAGGAGGUCGACUCAAAUUAUCGCAUCUCCCGUACAAUGCCAAAUAUCCAGCUCUAUUGCCUGGAAAUCAUCCGUUUUCUCGUCUCAUCAUCAUACACGAGCACGAGAAACACUUUCAUGCAGGGCCCCACGCCACGUUAUCUGCUGUUCGACAAAAUUAUUGGCUCAUAGCUGCAAGGGACGUUGUACGACAAAUUACUCGCAAAUGCAUUGUUUGCUUUCGAAGCUCACCUAAGAUGGCAUCCACGCUAAUGGGGAACCUUCCCGAAUCCAGGAUCACAAUUCCCGAGCGUCCUUUCGAAAAUUGCGGAGUCGACUACGCGGGUCCUCUCUACUAUAAAGAAGGCUUAAGAAAAACUUCUAAGCUAUUAAAAUGUUAUAUUGCAAUAUUUGUUUGCUUCGCCUCAACAGCUGUUCACAUUGAACUAGCAACUGAUUUAUCCACUAAAGCAUUUCUUAAUGUUUUAAAGCGUUUUAUUUCUAGACGAGGAUGCCCAACUAUCAUUCAUUCGGAUAAUGGCUUAAAUUUCAAAGGAGCUCAAAGAGAAUUAAACGAGCUAGCCGCAUUGUUCAAAAAUCAAGAAAGCCAUCAACAGAUUAUUAACUACGUGUCCUCUAAAGGAAUCAGAUGGCGCUUCAUACCCCCUAGAGCGCCCCAUCAUGGUGGACUAUGGGAAGCUGCCGUCAAGGGAGCCAAACGUCAUCUCUAUCGAGUUACUAGAGAGGCGCAUCUAAGAUACGAGGAGCUAGAAACACUAGUUAUCCAAAUUGAAGCGAUUCUUAAUUCGCGUCCUCUCACACCCGUUUCAUCUGACGUGGCCGACCUUACGCCACUUACUCCAGGUCACUUCGUAAUCGGAGCACCAUUGACAUCGUACCCUGAACCAUCAUUGGAAAGAAUCCCGAUUACUAGGCUCUCUCGUUGGCAACGGGUGGAGCAAAUACGUCAACACUUUUGGCAAAGAUGGUCAAAGGAAUAUCUGCAUUAUUGCCAGCAGCGAAAUAAGUGGACAAUUAAGGAAAAUCCAUUACAUGUCGGACAGAUGGUCCUUCUAAGAGAGGAUUCUGCUUCGCCUCUUUCUUGGCCUCUCGCUAGAAUCGUCGAAUUACAUCCCGGUAAUGACAACAUUCGAAUCAAUCAGGCGGUGCAUCGCUUGAUGCAGAAGAAGAGGCGCAAGGAGCGAAAGCAAAUGUAUGCCAGCAGUAUGUACGUACAACCAACGUGCACACCGCCGGUAUACACGAUGCCUGGACCGGUAGGAUAUGUGCCACCAACGGAGUACGCUGCCACCAUACCAUCUGCACCUUACUCCUCAUUGGCAGGAUACAUGCCGGCACCAACGGGGUACGUCCCGGCACCGACGGAGUAUGUCCCGGCACCGACGGGAUACGUGCCGGCACUGACGGGAUACGUGCUGGCACCGACGGGAUACGUGCCGACACCGACGGGAUACGUAUCGGCAUCUACGGGAUACGUGCCGGCACCGACAGGAUAUAUGCCGACACCAACUUAUGGCUACAGAUUAUAA